AUGUCUGGUUGUAACGAAGAGGUCAAUUUGCACGAAUGCCUGGAACUGAUCACGAGACUCGCGCGACACGCCGGCAAGAUUAUAAAAUCUCGAAUCAAUAAGAAAAAAACAAUCGAGACUAAAGCCAAUAAUUCAAUUGACUUUGUCACUGAAACAGAUCAAGAAGUAGAAAAGUUACUUAUUGAGGGAAUCAAACAAAAAUAUCCACAUCAUAAAUUCAUUGGUGAGGAAUCAUUUGCUGCUGGCAUUAAAGAAAAACUGACAUGUGCUCCGACUUGGGUCAUUGAUCCUGUGGAUGGUACCACCAAUUUUGUGCACAGUUAUCCAAACGUUUGCAUAUCUAUUGGUUUGGUUGUUGGCUGUGAUGUUAAGUUAGGAGUUAUCUUCAAUCCCAUAUUGGACAUGUUUUUCAGAGCAAUCAAAGGUGAAGGUGCAUUUUUAAAUGAUGAACCUAUCAAAGUCAGUGGCGUUAAACAACUUACUGAUGCUUUGGUGGCUGUAGAAUUUGGUUCAGUAAGAACUGAAGAAUUCAGGAGUAUUGUGAACCACAACAUCAAUUAUCUAGCAAAAAAUGCCCACGGUGUUCGUUCAGCUGGUUCAGCUGCCUGGAAUUUAGCUCAAGUAGCUAGAGGAGCAAUUGAUCUGUAUGUGGAAAUGGGUCUCCAUGCAUGGGACAUGGCAGCGGGAGACAUUAUUGUGAGAGAAGCUGGUGGUACUGUGAUCGAUCCGGCAGGUAAAGAUUUUGAAUUGAUGAAUCGAAGGAUAUUAGCUACAUCGUCAUCAGAGAUUGCUGAAGAAGUGUAUUCAAACUUCCAACAAUAUUAUCCAGAACAUGAUUAA